AUGAGAAAUAAUAUAGAAAUGAAUGAAAAUAAUAUUUAUAUGAAUCCAUUUCUUCUAGAAAAGAAUAAUUUAAACCCAGUUAUUACUUUAAAUAAAGAACUAAUUAUUCAAAGAAAAAAAGCAUCCAAUUACCAGUUUAAUAAUUUUAAUACAGAAGAAUUAGGUAAUUUCAAAAAAUCUGAUUUAGAUUCCUAUGUAAAGAAUAUGACUAAUGUAGAUAAUAACAACAUUAAAUUGGGAUCAUUGCCAUUUACAUGUAAUUUAAAUAUGAAACAAUAUUACAAUAAUAAUUUAAAUGCAUAUCCAAGAAAUGAAUAUAAUAAUAUGAAUACAAGAAAUGGUAAUUCUCAGAAUUUCUGUUUAAAUAAUUCUUAUAAAGGCUUAAAUAAUGAGGUAAAUGUUAAUUCAGGGAAGAAUCAAUUUAAGGAAAAUUUUCUUAUGAAUAAUGAGAUGAGACAUACAUCUAUGAAUGAUUUCCAUGAAGGAGAUAGACAUAAAAAUAUUAUAUAUUUAAAUAAAUAUAAUAAUAUGAAUAAUCAUAUGAAUAAUUCUCUUUUUUUUCAAAACAGUCCUUGCAAAAUAAAUAAUAUACUAGGUCAUAAGGAUAUAAAUAACAAUUUUUGUUUUAAUACAAAUAUUAAUAAAUUAAAUAAUAAUAAUGGUUAUUAUGAAAAUAAAUAUAAUAUUAAUGAUAUUUAUAAGAAUUCGUUUGAAAAAAUUAUUAACAAAAAUAUUAUUGAAGAUACUAAAAAAAAGAAUGGAGGAUUCAAUAGUGAACUAAAUAAUAAUAAUAUUGCUAUUGAAAAUGAGGAUAACGUUUGUUCUUUUAGAAAAGACAAUCAAAUUAAUUUAAUUCCUGGUAUAAAUCAGGAAAAAAAUUUAGAAGCAAAUGUAAAUGCAAAUAUAUUUAAAAAAGAACAUGCAGAAAUCUUUAGCGAUAAUCGUUUAAAUAAAACAUCUGAAUACUAUUAUAAAAAAGGAAAUAGUCAAAAUUUAAAAAAUACAGGCAACAUAAAUGAAUUAAAUUCCAGUGAAAGAAAAAAAGAGUUAGUCAAUCCUUUAACACAUGAAAUAUUAAAUUUGCAUAAUAACAAAAAUAUCAAUAUUAACGAAUGUAGCUGUGAAAAUAUAAAAAAUGGAAAUUUUGUUAAAAAUGAUAAAAUAUUAAAUACUAAUUCAAUUAUCUCGAGUAAUAGCUACUAUGACAUUAAUAAAAAUAAUGAAAGUUUUAGUGAUUGCGUAGGCUCAUUAAAUUAUAAAAUAGAAUCAGCUAUUGAAGAAAAUGAUUUCAAAAGUAAAAAAAUAUACAAGGAAGGAAGUAAUUAUUUAUUUAAAAAUAUGAACGAAAAUAACUCUUUCAUUGGAGAUGGUAUUUCAAAAAAUCAAAAUGAAAGUUAUGUAGAAAAGGAAACAUGCUUUAAAGACGAAGAAUUUAAUUUAAUGAAAAUUAAGGAUAGAAAUGAUAUAGAUAAAAAAGUUAUUAUAAACGAUCAAGAAUGUAACAUAAAAAAUACACAUAUCAAUGAAGAAAAUCGUAAUAUAACAGAAGUUCCUUGUGAAACUUAUUUUAAAAAAAAUCCGAUAAAUACUACGUCAGAAAUUAAUAAUGAAUUGUAUAUAUCUGAUGCAAACAAUAAUGCAAAAGAAUAUGAAAAAGAUAAUAAUGAGGAAAUGAAUGAGACGAGUUCUAUUGAGAAAUUUGAUUUUACUCAAUGGAGAUCUCAUAAUAAAUUAAUGAAAAAUAUUAUUUCGUCAUAUAAUGAAAAUAUUGAUAUGGAGAAUCAUUCUUUAUUUAAUUUAUUAUUUGAUUUUCAUGGUUAUAAUAAGGAUAUAUUUAAAAACUAUUUAUUAAAUGGUGAUGAUAGUUUAAUAAAUGAGGUAAUGAAAAAUAUAAUUUAUGAAUUAUCUGAAGAAAAAAAUAAUAAAAUAAUUGAAAAAUUAAUAUUUUUAAAAUAUUUAUUUAAUGAAUAUGGUCAUUCAGAUCAUCCUAAUUUGAUUUCAUUAAAAAACUUUAAAUUAAUUUUUAAAAAUUAUAAAAGUAUAUUUUCUUCAGAGAAAAUUGUUUUAUUCAUGUUCAAUUGUCUAGACAGAGGAAAGAGGUAUCAUAUAACUGAGACUGAUUUUAUUAUUGGUAUGUUAGCAUGUAGUCCUCAAAUGGAUAAUGAUAUAAAAAAUGAUACAGGAAAGCUAAGACAUCAAUUAAUAUUUCGUGCUUAUGAUUUAGAUAGAGAUGGAUAUUUAAGUGAUAACGAAUUACUUAUCUUUUUAUAUCAUAUUUAUGAAUUAUCUAAAAAUUUUAAAAUUGAAAACUUAAAGGAUAAUAAGAAAAAAUUGAAAGAAUAUGUUAUCAGUGAAAAAAAUAGGAUCAUGAAAUAUUGUAAUAAAAUAAGUUAUGACUAUUUUUACAAUUUAAUACUAAAUAAAGAAAUUGAAGGAACAAGUAAUUUAUUACGAUCAAAUCAAGAUAUGGCUGAUACUGUAAAGAAGUAUUUUCUUUAUACAUAUGCUAAAAAUAUGAACAUUGAAAAUUAUAUAAAUAAUGAUAAAUUUUUUAUAACUACAGGAAAAAGAAAAAAUUUGGAAGAUGAUAAUAAAGGUUUUUAUAAGCAAACAUUUCUAAGCUAUAAUGAAAAUAAACAAGGUCCUCUUGAGAAAAAUAUUCAUAAUAUUUUACCUCAAAAUAAUAGUUGUAUUGAUAUUAACAGUAGCAUUUUACUUAAUUAUCCGUGUGCAGUUAAAAAUAUGGAUAUAGAAAAUUUAGAUAAGAAUAAAUUAAGUGAUAAAAAUAUUGAUAAUAUAAAGAAUGAAAAAGUAAUUAUAAAUAAUCAUGAUAUGAAUGUAUAUGAGAAAAAUGAUAAUAACAGUUCAAUAACACAGAAAAUUUCAGAUGAAGAUACUGUAUUAAUUAAACAAGAUAUGCCAAAAAGAAAUAAUUUUAAUAAUCAAAAUAUAUCUAACAUUCAAAUUUAUGAAAAAAUAAAUUAUGAAAAUGAUUCGAAAAAUGCAAAUGUACAUUCAAAUGAUAAAAAUAUUAAGGGAGAAAAAAUGCAUCUAAAUGACGAUGAUUAUAAUGUAAAGAAUAUUUACACAAAUAAUAAAAAAGAAGAUUUAAAGAAAAAUUUUGAUGAUAACAAAAAUGACAAUUCUAAUGAUAGAAACAAUUAUAAUAACAGGAUAUCUCAAUGUAAAAACGAUCAUAUAAAUAAAAAUAAUAAAAGCAUGAAACAUGCAGAUAAUAAUAAUUAUAAUGAAAAUAAUUAUCAGAGAGAACUCAAUAAUUAUAAUGGUAAUAAAGAUUCAAAUUGCUUAUCUAUCACUGAUAAUGUUGACAAUGUUGAUAUUAAUAUAAAUAACAAUGAAGGAUAUAUUGAAGCUAUUUAUAACAAAAAUACUUUGAAUAGUAACUCAUCAUAUACGGGAUCUGAAGAUAAAAUAAGAGAACCUUUAAUUAAAGAAAAAAUGAAUGAUAGAGAUUUAUAUUUUAAUAAUGAUUUAAAUAACAAUAUAUUAGAGGAAAUUGAUACAACAAAUUUAAAAGGAAAUAAAAAAAAUGAGAACAUUUUACAUGCAUAUCAUAAGAACAAAAAUAAUAUCAAUUAUAAGAAUAAUGCAUAUAAGGAGAAAAAUUUAAAUUCAUUUUCUGAGUGUGAAUUUUUACGAGACAACACAAAUAUAAAUGAUAGAAAUGUUCUUAAUGAGGCCUUAAAAAAUAAUUGUAACAAUUAUUUUUAUAGAAACAUUAAUAACAUUAAUAAUAAAAGUAUAAACAGUAAUAAAGAUACUGCAAUUAAAGAAAACUCCUUAGUAAAUUAUGAUGAAGAAAUCAAUAAUUAUAAUUCAAAAAAAAUAAAUAAUAAUUUAAGAGAAAAUAUAGAAAAAGGAAAACAUAAUGAAAAUUAUGCCAUGAAUUUCAAGAAAAAAGAUAAAGAUAAUUUAAAUGAUAUUAAUUAUUUAGAAAAUAAAAAUGAUUUAAACAGUACUAUUAAUAUAAAAUCUCACUGUAAUAUAGCAAUAUGUGAAGAAUUAAAGAACAAUAAUUUAUAUAAAGAGAAAAUUGAAGAUAAAAAUUCAUGUUUUAAUGAAAAUGAACAAAAUUUUACAAAUGAUAUUCAUAGUUUUAUAUAUAAAAAAAAAGAAAAAAUUUCAGGAAAUAAUGAUGAAAAAAAAUAUAUUUCAAAUGAUAAUGAAGAUGGAAUAUAUAAAGAAAAAGAAAAGGAUAAAUUAUAUGCUUUAAACAAUAAUUUGUAUGAAAAUAUUUUAACAUAUAAAAAUGAUAAUAUUGGCAAUGAUUUCAAACAAUUUAUUAAUAAUAAUGAGGAUGAGAAUAAAUCUAUUGAAAAUUAUGAUAAAAAUGAAAAUAAUAAUUUUAAUAAAAUAAUAAAUCAUAAUAAAUUAAAUAGUAAGUCAGCUUGUGAUAAUUAUAUAGGUGAUAAAGAUAUGGAAAACGAAAAUAUAAAUGAUACCCAUAGUAUUAAAAAUAGUAAUGAGUAUUUACCUCAUUUUGGAAGAAAAGAUGAAUUAGAUAAGUAUUUCAGUAAAGAAUUUUAUGAUGAAAACAUUUUGGAUGAUAAAAUUGAUCAAUUUAGAGAAACCGUUAAAUUUUAUCGUCAAAAAUACUUACAGGAUCAUAGAUUAAAUACCUUAAAUCAAGAUAUCGCUUUUAAAAUAUUUACUAUUUUUUAUAAAGUGUGCUAUAGAAAAAAAAGAGAUAAAUAUAGUUCCUAUUUUGAUACAUUUCAAAUAUGUUCAUAUAAUGAUAUUCUUCUUUUGUGUGAUGAAGUGGCAAAAUUAUUUAAAUUAGAAAAUUCAUUAGAAAAUGUCAGACUUCCCUGUAAAGUUUUUGGUGAUAUUCAUGGAAAUUUAUUUGAUAUAAUGGAUUUUUUUAAUUUGUAUAAUUGGCCUAUGCACAAUUCAUUGAAUGAAUUAAUUUCUAUAAAUGAAUUAAUAAAUUUUGAAAACAUAAAUUACGUUAAAACAAAUGAAAAUUAUAAUUAUUGUGACAAAAUGAGAGAUGAAAAUGAAGAGAUGUAUAAUGCAAGUGAUAUAAAAUAUGUAUUUCUUGGGAAUUAUGUGAACAGAGGAGAUCAUUCAUUAGAAGUUAUUUGCUUUUUGUUUAGUUUAAAAAUACUUUUUCCAAAACAUAUAUAUUUAUUAAGAGGUAAUCAUGAAGAUAGGUUAUUUAAUUAUAUAUACGGUUUUUAUAAAGAUAUUGAAGUAAAAAUGAAGAAAAAUAUGGAAACAAUGGGACUGAUUAAUUAUGAAGAUGAAGUGGUAAUUGCUCAUUCGUAUGAAUUAUUUAAUAGAAUUAAUGAUGCUUUAGAAUUUUUGCCACUAUCCGCUUUAUUAGAUAAAAACAUUUUGUGUAUACACGGGGGUAUAGGAGAUAGUGUUCACAAUAUUUCUGAUUAUAUAAAUGUUCACAAGCCAAUUUUAAUUCCUCAAUAUGUUGAUAGAAAUAAUAAUAAUCCAAAUGAAAAUAUAAAAAAAAUUAUUAUAGAUACCUUAUGGUCUGAUCCUAUUAAUUAUAAUGAUGAGCACGACAUGUUGCUAAUUAAAAAUUCUCCUCACUACGAUAUAAUUCCAUCAAAUAGAGGAAAAAUAACAUUUAAAUUUGGUAAGAACAGAUUAUAUAAUUUUUUAAAAAAUAAUAAACUAAAAAUGAUUAUAAGAGGUCAUGAAUGUGUCCAUGAAGGAUAUAAAUAUAUGUUUAAAAAAAAAUUAUUAACAUUAUUUUCAGCAAAAAAUUAUUGUAAAAAAUAUAAAAAUAAUGCUUCUAAUGCAUUUAUUGUAAAAAAGGGUAAAAAUAUUAUUAUAUUUAAUCAAAUAUUAAAAUCUGACAAAGUAUACGAUAUAGAGAUAAAGGAUACGAAUAACCAUACGAAUGAUAAUUUUCAAAGAAAUAUUUUCUCUUUUAAUCAAGAUAAUCAAAUAAAAAAUUCAGAGAAUUUCAAGAACACUUACCAGAAUCAAUUAAAUAUAUAUAACAAUAAUGUAUCGAAAAAUCAAGGAGGGAAAUAUCAUAAACUGAAAAAUUAUUUUAUGAAUGAUAAUAUAGAAAAUAGUAAUAAUAGUAUAAAUGAUAAGAAUAUUAUGAAUGACAAUUAUAAUGUAAGUAAUAAUAAUAAUACAAUUAACAGUAAUAAUGAUACCAUUAAUAAUAGCAACAUUAAUAACCUUAAUAAUAAUAUAAUAAAUGAUAUUAAAACAAAAGAUAUUCAGAUGGAAAAAAACAAUUUAUUAAAUAUUAAUAACAGUAUGAAUAAUUUUAAUUUUUCUAAUAGCAAUAGAAAUUAUUUACUAAAUUAUAAUCAUAGGAAAUAUAAUUUGGCAAGCUGUAAAAGCAUUAGAAGUGAUUUCACCAAUUUUGAUAAUAAAUAUAAUUUUUCAUUGAAUAAAAUAAAUAAAAGUAUUAAAAAAAAAUUGAGAGAUAUAAGAAAUAAUAAAAAUUUCCAUUUAAAUAAAAUAAAAAGAGAUGAUAAUAUAAAUAAAAAUAUUAAUUAUUUCUUUAAUAAUACUGAUAAUAAUGAAAAAGAAAAAGAAAGAGAAAAAGAAAAAAACAAGGAUUGUAACAAAGAUGAAAAAAAUGAAUGUCCUGUGAAUAAUUAUGUUAAUAUUAACAACAAUCACAAAAUUGAUAGAAGUAUGAAUAAUUGUAAUAAUAGUAAUAAUUUAAUAAAUUUUAGUAUUAACAAUAAUAAAUCUUAUGACGAUGUGAAUAUUAAAAGGAACAUCUUAAAUUUGAUUGAUAUCGAAUAUAUAAAACAUGAUGAUGAAAAAUUUAUGAAAAAUUUAAUAAAUAAUCCAGUUAAUAACCAAUUUCAAGAUUUGGAAAAAGAUAUAAACAAUUUAUCUGAAGUCAAAAAUAAAUUAAGUAAAAAAAUAGACACAGAUACUAUCAUAGAUAAGUUUUUUGAUAAUGAAAUGUAUCAAGAAAAAAAUAAAGCUAAUUAUAACAAUACAAAUGAAGAUAAUAAAUUCCACAAAAAUAAUGAUAAUGAUAAUUUAAAAAAAAUUUAUUAUUCAAAAUUAACAUCAAUUAAUGAGGAAAAUAGUAAUACACAACAUAAUGAUAAUGACAAUGAUAAAAUAAAAAAAACAGAUUAUAUCAGCAUUAAUACUGAAUUAUUAAAAAAACCUUUAGAUUACAUGAUGCCACCUGAUUUGGGUAUAGCAAAUAAAAAAAAAUUUAAAAAUGAAACAUAUUCAAAGGAGAAUAAGAGCGAACAUAAUUCAGCCACUUUAAGAAGUUUGAAAAGCGAUAGCUAUCUUAAUGAUCCAUUAAAUAAGUUACAAAUGCAAUAUUUACCUCCUGAUCCAAAACCUCAGACAAAAAUUUCGUUCCAUAAAAGCAUUAAAAAAAUAGAUCAUUGA